ACGCGGGUGACUUUGCGGCGAUGUAGGGCCCUUCUGCUCUGCAACUGUUGGACUGGUACCAUUGUGUUGACUUGUGAAUUGUAGGGUCGAAUGACACGAUACGGAGUACAAUGCACCGCGUUGUAGCACCGCCGGGUGUGGCAGCAAAGGAUGGCCUGCUUCCGUCCCGGUAUUCUAUGCCCUACGUAAGUUCCCCCUUGAUCUAGACAAACGCUGCGGAUUUCUUGCGGCGAUGUCAGGGUUCCUUUGGUCUUGCUGGGACCAUGCUGAUUUGACUGCUGUAGGGUCGAACGACACGAUACGGAGCACGUUGCAUCGCGUCCGCGCACCGCCGGAUGCGGUAACGAAGGAUGGCAUGCUUCCAGAUCGAUAUUCUAUCCCCUACGUGAGUUUAUUCCCGCUAUUCCUACGUCCUGUAGCUGAUAAGUCGACAUAUAUAUCAGUUCUGUGCUGCCGUGCGCUAUCUUUCCCCCUUUUAUGCCAGAUUUGUCGAUUAAUGGUUGGUAUGCACAGGACUUUUCCACAGUCGUUGAUUCGGUCCCUGGUACGUGGACAGCAGAUUAUCCCAAGAAGUAUGAGCCCGUGUCGGUGAGUUAGUUUGCCUUCCAGGUGGCAAAUGGAAAUUACAUAUUAAUGUCAAUGGUGACGGAAUAGGUGGAAGAGUAUGUGAUGAAACGGUUUGCCGCGGAUUAUUAAAGCUGGUGAAAGGUGCG